AUGGAUAGACCUAUAGAUGACAUUGUAAAAAGUCUUUUGAAGUUUGUCGUCAGAGGGUUUUAUGGCGGCUCCUUUGUACUCGUACUCGACGCUAUACUGUUUCACUCUGUACUAGCUGAAGAUGACUUGAAGCAGCUUUUGAGCAUAAAUAAGACGGAAUUGGGUCCACUCAUUGCUAGACUAAGGUCCGAUAGGCUAAUAUCCAUACAUAAGCAAAGAGAAUACCCGCCCAACUCCAAAAGUGUGGAAAGAGUCUAUUAUUAUGUAAAAUACCCCCAUGCUAUUGACGCCAUCAAGUGGAAAGUCCAUCAAGUGGUACAGAGACUGAAGGAUGACUUAGACAAAAAUUCAGAACCAAACGGUUACAUGUGCUCUAUUUGUGAGACCAAGUACACCCAAUUAGAGGCGGUACAAUUACUAAAUUUUGACAGGACAGAAUUUUUAUGUUCGUUAUGUGAUGAACCGUUAGUGGAAGAUGAUUCUGGUAAAAAAAACAAAGAAAAGCAGGAUAAGCUGAACAGGCUGAUGGACCAAAUCCAACCCAUCAUUGAUUCUUUGAAAAAGAUUGAUGACUCGAGAAUUGAAGAAAACACUUUCGAAAUUGCAUUAGCUCGUUUGAUACCUCCUCAAAAUCAAUCCCAUGCCGCUUACACAUACAAUCCAAAGAAAGGCAGCACCAUGUUUAGACCCGGUGAUUCUGCUCCAUUACCAAAUCUUAUGGGCACUGCUCUUAACAACGAUAGCAGUAGACGUGCGGGCGCUAACUCACAAGCUACUCUACACAUCAAUAUCACCACAGCAAGUGACGAAGUGGCUCAAAGGGAGCUUCAAGAAAGACAGGCCGAAGAGAAAAGAAAGCAAAACGCCGUUCCCGAAUGGCACAAACAAAGUACCAUCGGUAAAUCAGCCCUUGGAAGAUUGGAUAAUGAAGAAGAAUUUGAUCCUGCGGUCACUGCAUCUGCCAUGGAUUCCAUGAAUGCGAACAACGAAUCCGUGCAAGAAAACUCUUACCAAACUAAUAAUAGAAUUUUGACUGAGCAAGAAAUGGAAGAAAGAGAAAACGAAAAGACUUUGAAUGAUUACUAUGCUGCGUUAGCAAAGAAACAAGCAAAGCUAAACAAGGAACAGGAAGAAGAAGAAGAGGAGGAGGAAGAGGAAGAAGACGUAGAAGAGGAUAUGGAAGAUGUGGGAGAUGAAGAUGAUGAAGAUGCGGCUGAAAACGCAUUCGAGGAUGAGUUUGAAGAUGUGACUGAUGCAGCUGAUACAGUCAAAACAGAACCAAAAGACAGUAAUUUAAACAGCGUUAAACAAAAUUCCAAUGACAGCAAUAUCGAAGAAAACUCAAAAACAUCUGCCGCUUCAACUGCUGCAGAUACAAAGGUGGAUGCAGAUGCAGAAGCAGGCGCAAAAUCAAAUGCUAAUGACGAUGAUGACGAUGACGAGAUGGACAUUGAAUUUGAAGACGUUUAG